UAGGGGGGUGGGUGGGGGUCGCAGUAAAGUGUUAGCGCUAAUCUGAGGCGUUCAUCCACGGCGGUGGAGGUCGGCAGCUCGGGAGCGGCGUCUCUGUCUCCCCCUCCUGUCCUCAGCCCGCGUUUCCCUCGUAUUUUCCAGUCAGGCUCUCGCAGUUUAAAAUGGCGGCGUUGAGCAGCGCCGAGUCCCCACCGCCCGUCUUCAACGGAGACGCAGCGGAGCGGGAGUCCGGCAGGGAGCGAGGCCUGGACGGACUGGCCGCGGGCUUGGACUCCUCAAGCCCGUCGGGGAUUCCCGGAGGCCCGCAGGAUGAGGAGAUCUGGAACAUCAAGCAGAUGAUCAAGCUGACACAGGAGCACUUGGAGGCUCUUCUGGACAAGUUCGGAGGCGAACACAACCCUCCAUCCAUCUAUUUGGAGGCCUACGAAGAGUACACCAGUAAGCUGGAUGCCCUCCAGCAACGGGAGCAGCAGCUGCUGGAGGCCAUGGGGAACGGCGGGGACUUCUGCAGCCCCUCCCCUGUGCCAGCCCUGCUGGAGGUCAAAAUGGGAAGCCUGGGGGUCGGAGGAGGCGUACAGGCCUUUUCCUCAGCACCCAACAGCUUAGCGGUCCUCCAGACUCCCACAGACACCGUCCGAGCCAACCCUCGGUCUCCACAGAAGCCCAUCGUCAGGGUCUUCCUGCCCAACAAGCAGAGAACAGUGGUUCCAGCCCGCUGUGGGAUGACGGUGAGAGACUCUCUGAAGAAGGCUCUGAUGAUGAGAGGACUCAUACCCGAGUGCUGCGCCGUCUACAGGAUACAGGACGGAGAGAAGAAGCCCAUUGGCUGGGACACGGACAUCUCCUGGCUGACGGGGGAAGAGCUGCAUGUGGAAGUGCUGGAGAACGUGCCGCUCACCACCCAUAACUUUGUGAGGAAGACCUUCUUCACUCUAGCCUUCUGUGACUUCUGCAGAAAGCUGCUCUUCCAGGGUUUCCGUUGUCAGACCUGCGGCUACAAGUUUCACCAGCGCUGCAGCACCGAGGUCCCCCUCAUGUGUGUGAACUACGACCAGCUUGAUUUGUUGCUUGUCUCAAAGUUCUUCGAGCAUCACCCGUUCAGCCAGGAGGAGGUGUCCUCAGAGGGAACCACCCCGGUGUCUGAAGUCUGUCCACACCUCCCCCUCACCGACUCCACGGGGUCUAUAUGUCACCCCACCGUGUCGCCCUCCAAGUCCAUCCCCAUCCCGCCUAGUUACCGACCCAACGAGGAAGACCACCGCAACCAGUUUGGCCAGCGGGACCGCUCGUCCUCGGCCCCCAACGUCCAUAUCAACACCAUUGAGCCUGUCAACAUCGAUGACCUUAUUCGGGAUCAGGGCCUGCAGAGGUCUGAUGGAGGCUCCACCACCGGUCUAUCAGCCACGCCCCCAGCCUCGCUACCGGGCUCGCUGACCAACGUCAAAGUUCCACAGAAGUCGCCGUGUCAACAGAGGGAGCGCAAGUCGUCUUCCUCCUCCGAGGAUCGCAAUAAGAUGAAAACCCUGGGCAGGAGAGACUCCAGUGACGACUGGGAGAUCCCAGAAGGCCAGAUCACUCUGGGUCAGAGAAUAGGCUCGGGCUCCUUCGGGACCGUCUUUAAGGGAAAAUGGCACGGUGACGUGGCAGUGAAGAUGCUGAACGUCACCGAUCCCACUCCACAGCAGCUCCAGGCCUUCAAGAAUGAAGUGGGCGUCCUCAGGAAAACGCGUCACGUGAACAUCCUACUGUUCAUGGGCUACACCACCAAGCCCCAGCUGGCCAUCGUGACCCAGUGGUGUGAGGGCUCCAGUCUGUACCACCACCUGCACAUCAUCGAGACCAAGUUUGAGAUGAUCAAGCUGAUCGACAUCGCACGACAGACCGCCCAGGGCAUGGACUACCUGCACGCCAAGUCCAUCAUCCACAGAGAUCUGAAGAGCAACAAUAUCUUCCUACAUGAAGACCUGACCGUGAAAAUUGGAGACUUUGGCCUGGCCACGGUCAAAUCGCGCUGGAGCGGUUCCCACCAGUUUGAACAGCUAUCUGGUUCCAUCCUUUGGAUGGCCCCAGAGGUCAUCCGGUUACAAGACAAGAAUCCCUACAGCUUCCAGUCCGAUGUGUACGCCUUCGGGAUCGUGCUGUACGAGCUCAUGUCGGGAGUUCUGCCCUACUCCAACAUCAACAACAGAGACCAGAUCAUUUUCAUGGUGGGGCGGGGGUACCUGUCUCCCGACCUCAGCAAGGUGCGCAGCAACUGUCCGAAGGCCAUGAAGAGGUUGAUGGCCGACUGCCUGAAGAAGAAGAGGGAAGAGCGCCCCCUCUUCCCACAGAUCCUGGCGUCCAUCGAGCUGCUGGCUCGCUCUUUACCCAAAAUCCACCGCAGCGCGUCGGAGCCGUCCCUGAACCGAGCCGGAUUCCAGACGGAAGAUUUCAGCCUGUACGCCUGCGCCUCGCCCAAGACUCCCAUCCAAGCCGGUGGCUAUGGGGAGUUUUCGGCGUUCAAGUAAAGCCGGCAGAUCCCAGAAGCCCCCCCUCGUCACUUCAGCUGUCACGCCCCCGCGCUGGAUUCAUUCAUCACCGAUUUGGAGAAGGAGGACAAACUAAGAUGUUCUAAUGUGCAGCUCUCCUCUUCCUCCUGUGCCGCCCCUCCCCCUCCGGGUCACUUCCAUCUCCUCCUGCGGACAGAUGGGGGGAGUGGAACAUUGUGGACGAAGUCGAAGAGGCGGGCCCACCGCCGGAGCAUCGCCAUGUUCGUCAGACGAGGUCGCAGAAGGAGGAUCACGUCAGAGAUUUUUGUCUUUGUUUUUAAACAAGAAGUUCGGCUCUCCGGGUUUUGCCGAGCGGACAGGAGCUCGUGUGCAGAUCUGACACCAACACUGAACCGGCGGUUCUGGACGGGGAUUUACGGGAAAGCCCAUCUGCCGUUCAGAGUUGUGGGCACUGUGUGGGCCGGGUUUGGGUUCUGGGACUCUGCUUCUUCUUGUCUGCUUCUGUUGCUGCUUCUGAAGAUUCCUCCGCCGGAUCCCCGCUCCGGCGUUCCCGUCAUUCCAGGCGCUGGAGGUGUUCCUGUUUUGUCGUUCUGUACAGGCAGGCCUGCAGAUGUUUACGUAUUUAUGAGAACUCUUUUUGGUUCCUCUGUGAAGGGCGGCGCACAGAUGAAGGAUUUUGCCUCGUCACCUUUCUCUUCAGCUCCUGUUCUUCUGUUUCAGCUUCUGGCAGAGGUCGAGUUCAAAGUUUAACGCACUUUAUGUAGUGGCUCAGUAUUGAUCUGUGACUGUGAAGGAGGACUCCGGGUUUGCAGGAGGUCCGAUGAAGACGGACUUCUUCAUGGUCUGAACCCCGUCCAUUAGAGGUUUCUGCUCAGCUGAAGGUUUCUCUCCAUGAACCGACUUUAACUACUUUAAACUGCAGUAGAUCUAAUUAUGACGUUGCAGAGAAACAUCAGAGCCCGGUUUCCUCAGUACGCUGCACUUCUCAUGGGAAAACCUCCAUAAAAACUGAGGGAGAAUCUGCAGCAUCGUGGUUUCCAUCCUCCUCCUCCUCUGUAGGCCAGCGGAUGAAGGUCCGGUUCGAGUCCAGCUCCGAGCUGCUGUGCUGGGAUCAGCUCUUUUCUGUAUUUAUUUUUGCUCGUUUUAAAGGACGGUCACAUUCCCCCCCUCGUCCUCCCUCAUCCCCCUCGCCUGCACCUUAAACUCCGCCCUCGUGGUGGAGUGGACGGCCGCGUAGUUGUAAAUAUGUGUACAGAGGAGCUGCUGAGGCUUGGCUGCAGGCCUGGAGGCUGUAGACGAAGAACGCGACAUUUUGAUGAAAAGGUUUCUGUAAAAAUAUUUAAGGUUGUACGAUAAAGAGAGAGAGCUGACUGUAAUGUGAAUAUGAAGAACCGGAACUAUUAAAGAGGUGCAUGAAAACGGC